CUACAAGCCGCCUCUUCCAGUCUGACACUACCUAAACUUCCGUUAAAUACCUCUUCGCGAUCACACAAUCAGCAACAAUGGACUCUCUAGGCGGCGGCCUCGGCAACACUGACCUCUCCAAGCUCAGCGACCGCGACAAGCAAGAACUGCAGCAAUUCGCCAUGAACGAGGGCCAGAAAGCUAGGAUUCAAUCUUCGAUACACUCCCUAACCGACACAUGUUUCCGCAAAUGUAUCCCCGCGGGCACCGUCAAGACCGGCAAACUGGAUAAAUACGAAGAGCCGUGUAUGAGGCAGUGUGUGGAUCGAUUUUUGGAUGCGAACCUGGUUGUGAUGAGGGAGUUGGAGAGGCUGAGGCAUUAG